AUGAAUUCUUACAGCGUAGACAUAUUCACCAAUACCAUGGGUGAUCCUGCUCGACAUAAAAUGAGUUUUAGAAAUCAAACCGUCCUUGUCAAGCAAGAGGCAGCCAACUACCCAAUUUGCUCGGCUAUUCCUCGACGUCAGGCGCAACCCAGCACUUCUACGAAGUUCCCCGAAGUUCGUGUUGCCCCAUGUUUUAGGCCAAAUAACCUUCUGGGCUGUGAUCUGCCUGUUGAAAAUAAGCACUUGGUUGAUAGAUCAAUGGGUCUUCGCCAUUUUUCUACAAAAGUUUGCGAGAAAGUCAAGGAAAAGGGCCGAACAAAUUACAACCAGGUCGCGGAUGAACUCGUAGCUGAAUACUUUGCUGCUAACAACAUGAACUCUGACGAGUUUCUUGAGAGACAAAAGUUUGAUCAAAAGAAUAUACGGCGCCGGGUAUACGAUGCUCUGAAUGUACUAUUAGCCAUGAAUAUUAUCUGUAAAAGGAAGAAGGAUAUUGAUUGGGUUGGUUUGCCAGCCACAAAAGCAGGGGAAAUCAAACGAUAUGAAGAAGAAAAGGCAAAACUGCAAGAACGAAUACGUCGUAAGAAGGAAACGAUUCAGGAACUUAUUGUACAGCUUGUUGCUUAUAAAAGUCUGGUUUGGAAGAAUCGUGAACUGGAAAGGGAGAACGGUAGGCCACCUGAGAACUCCAUUCUUUACUUGCCAUUUGUGAUUAUCAAUACAUCCAAGAGCACAACGGUUGAUUGCGCUGUAUCGGGCGAUAGAUCGGAAUUUCUUUUCCACUUCGAUCAACCUUUUGAAGUACAUGAUGAUUUCGAGGCUUUAAAGCGACUGGGUUACUCUUAUGGAUUGGAACAUAACGCUUUAAACCCAGAAAUGAUGGAGCAUAUCGACGAGUUCAUCCCUCCUGCUCUUCGGGGAUAUAUACCAAAAAUUUUAGGAGGAGAAAUGUCAGACUGGGAAUCAAGAACAAGAUCAAACCCACCACCAUUGCAGUACGUCAUUCGAGAACCUUCACAAGGAGAGAAGCUGCACACCUCCAUGUUUGACCUCCCUGCUUCCGAUCACUCCAGUGAUGGAUCUUAUGCUGAAAUGUCACAACCUAUCUACACAGUUCCCGAUGGUUACGCAUAUGCAUUACCAGCUUAUGAAACCGAACUUGGAGAAGAGAUAGAUCUUGUUGAGGACCAAGGCGAUUAUACUAGCUAUUCAGCGCCUGGCACUAGCACUAGUUACGAAGUUGUAUCUAACACGGUAGAUCGUUCUCGACCUUUGAUUGCACAACCAACGACGUGUUCGAUUCCACGACUUGUGUCCACCGCUGAUGUACCUGAGUACUCAAGUGAUCGUCCUUCUACUUCUAAGGGUAUGCCUCGAGCCACUCUUGUCAAAAGGCCGAUUUUCGCAGUAGGCAACUCUGUAUACGGAAAGAUGCCAGUCGAAGUUCAACAUGACAUAGGAUACGCUCCUACUGUACAACCAAGCAAACGGGCAAAAACAGGGAAUCCGGUAUACAAUUUAUAA